AAGUGCUUUGCGCUUCAAUUUUUUCGUUUGUCGUUUCUCUUCUCUUUUUGUCUCGUUUUACGACUAAUAAUCUUUGCCACCCUACCACUUAAUACCGUCUAUAUUCCCUCCACGCCAAUAUUAUUUUUACUCGCCAUUCACGAAACUAUUACUCAUUUACUUCAUUCGUCAACAGCCCCAGAGCAGACCGCAGCCACUAUUGAAAAGCCUCACUGCUUUUAGCCCAAACAUCGCCAUACACAUACGCGUAUCGACAGAACAGAGCGGGAUAUGACACGUACGUUGGCUCGCAGGAAUACCGCAGGCAAAAUAGACGCGCCAGCGAUGUUUGUCGCUUGCUGUCAAGGCGACAACCCAUGCGUGAGAACGCGCACAGAAUCAAAACCACACUGCGAGCAGCGGCUUUUUAACAGCAAAUACAGCGCUCGCCGCAUAUUGAACUCUCUGCUUAUAACCGCGUCUAUAGCCCUUGCGGCCGCACCACUUUACGGGUGCCAUGCGGCGUCCUAUGAUUCGCAGAAACUAAGCCAUUCGGACGGCCCGACCGGUCGUCUGGCCAGGGCAGCGCGAGCUGAUGGCUUGUCUCGCCUGGUUCCAAGGGCCACGCAGUAUUCCCAGGGCGUUUCUAUGCGCUGGUCCCAUGCCUCGGCCAUUGCGGACCAAACCAUGUAUAUUUUAGGCGGUAAAAAAGGAUACGGGAACGCUGAGAGCGACUACGCGACACCGUGCAUAUCUUUGAAGCUCAGCGGAAAGUUUUCGACAAGCAAUCCGCCUUGGGAGUGGGUUUGUGAUAACAACGGGCCGCUCGUGGCCGGUCACUCAGUGAUUAUAAACGACAAUAUUAACAUGGCCAUUGUAUUUGGCGGAACUGUCCCUGAUGAGGUCGAGAGAAUUGGGCCGAUGCACCUAUUCAGUGCUGAGAUCGGGUUUUGGAGCACCCCUAAUAGCCUAGACUUUCCGCAGCCGCUGGUUGGGCACUCAGCAGUCAUUCAACGCUCAACAGGAGAUAUGCUAGUGUACGGUGGAUCUUUCGAUACAGAUCCGUACGUUCUGUCAAAUGCCACGCUGGGGAUGGUCACAGACACUCAGAAGCACAACUAUGCGAGCAUUCAGCCGAGCGUUGGAUUCAGUAGCAUGAAACCUUUGUCGGGAGUGUCAGACACUAGCACUGGUACCACCACCACUGAGGCUGCGAGCAAAACAAGAGCCAGCACAAUAAAGGAUGGAUCAGCGUCGUCUUUCCAAAGCAGCACUAAAAAGGGCAUUCCUGCACCAACAAAUAUCAGCACCACCAAAGCAACAGGUAUCACACAGUUGGCAUCAGACGAUGUCGACGCCCGCGGGCUGGAACUACGGGGUAUUGAUGACGACAUCGACAUUUUCACCUUGGAUGACAAUGUCAGUUCCGGACCACUUCUCAUGUCCUGGACCAAUGACAUGCUGCCGGCUAGCGUGUCAGGAAGAAUUGGCCACACGGCCAGCAUGGUGAAUGAUACCAACAUGGUGAUACUCGGCGGCAGCGAUGGGAGCAGAUUGGUUGGCAUGGGCACUGUCUACGUAUACAAUAGCUCGCACCGCAUGUGGUAUCAACGGACAGCCACUGGCAAUGUACCAGCCAGCCGGCGCAACCAUGUCGCCACGGUGGUUAACGGAACGCACAUUGUGGUUCAUGGCGGGGCGACAAUUGAUUUUGGUAAGGCAUUGGGCGAUGUGGCUGUCUUGGACACCGAUACCUGGGUUUGGUCGGUGCCCAACGUAUCCGGCGCUCCCACCGCUCGGUUUGGACACACCGCCUCCCAGGCCGGCCCAUAUAUGAUAAUGACGUUUGGCCGCAUGGUGUCCAACCAAACAGAAGUGGCUUCAGGGGACUAUGGACUAUACUUGCUGGACACCAGUGUUUGGAAGUUUGUCGCGCAGUUUGACCCCUCGCGAUCGGCGCUGACAGUGAACUACAAAAGCGCAAAGCUCUCUGGCGGUACUGUCUUUGGGUUGACCAUCGCUUCGACGACCGGAUUUUUGGUGAUUCUAAUUCUGCUAUACAUUUUGUGCAUGCACCACUAUAACAAGCACCCGCAGCUGUCGGACUCGGGUGAGAAUGGCAACAUGUUGCCUGCGAACGAGCUGCGCGAGCUGGGCAGACGGCUGACAGCAAGGAUCGGAACUCAGCGCCAGCGCGCGGUGGCCCGCGACAAGUCGCUGCUUAGUAAACGCAAUAUGGAGGAUUCUGAGAAACUGAUCAGUUCAGGAAACCAUAAAAUACUGCAGCAAAUGCACCUGUCGACACCGACCAGCCCAGCCUUCAGCCAUACCAAGCACAUACGGCUGAAAAGUGUUCCAGGUAUCGAUGACGACGCCAGCCGGCACAUCAUGUUUGAUGUCAGCAGAAGCUCCAGCAUCGACAAGAGCCUCUUGCUGGGCAGCCCGAAUGCAUGCGAGAAACACACGGACCCGCAAAUGAGAAACUCAAAGCUUAUUCGGAGAACACAUCUGGAUAAUGUGCAGCUUCCAACAGGUCUGCGGAACCGUGAUGAUCUGGAUGGCGCCGAUUGCGUCGAGGAAAGGGUGUCCGUGAUGAGCAAGGAUAAUGGAGGCGGCUGGUCGCGGCCCUCCACGGCGAACAGCCGAGCCAGUCGCAAGUCUAAGCACAUUUCUGCCAUGCUCCCGCGCGUUGUUGGGAGCCGUUUGACACUGCCAAUGGAGACCGCCAACGCGUUGGCUCGCUACCGUUUUGAAGAGCUGGAAGACGUCCCCGAGAGCCCCAGCCUGCCGCAGCUCCCUGCUCAAUUCAUGAUGGAUUCUCUUGGCAACAAUGCUACCAAUACUGACGGCAAUGGCAAUGGCAACGAAGCAACCAAAAAACUGACCCCUCCAGCCAUGCCUGCCGCAUACGACGACGCUGCUCGGAACGGAAAACACGGUGCAAAUGGCAGCGAUUCGACUAGCUCAAGUGCUGGCUCAAUGCCGGAUGCUCGGGGCUCUGAUGCUCAGAAGCAGCACAUGUCGUCAACCUUGGUGCGAGGCUCCAUUGAUAUCAAUAUGUUUUCGCAGAAAAACAAAUUCUUUGUGGCCAAUCCAGACGACUGACGGGUGAUUUUUUGGUAUUUCGAAUAUGUUCUGUAUUUCACAUCGAAUUUAUACAUACAUAUAUAAUUUUAAUACCCGAGUACUCUGUAUUUUGUACGAGAAUUUUUCUUUAAUACUUGUUAUAGAAAAUUUUA